CAUCCAUUGGUCCUCACCAGUAGUUGUGCAGCACAGACCUCCACUCCUGGGCUUCAGCACACACCAGCGUGGUUCCCAUGUUUUCUGACGUUAUGAAAGGGAUUGGAGAGAGUUGCUUGUGAGUGAAGAGUGCCCAGACUGCAACUGCACCUGCCUUCCUGCCCUCCUCAACUGACGUCCCUUGGGACCUUUCUCUCCAGGUCAGAAACCGGAAGGCGGCUCAAACCAUGGCAGCUGCUGCUGUCAGAGUGAGCAAACCAAGGAGAGCCAGAAAAGAGUGUGAACAAGACAGAAGUCACUAAUACGAUCCUGGAAGUGGCAUCCUUUUAUUCAGAGGACCCAGCUUGGAAUUACCUGUUCCGGAGCAAGAGCCGAUGGAGCUGGGCCGCCGAGCAGGUACAGCCACUCUGGCCAGGGCCUCCCUGAACAACAAGGAGGGCCAGCAGGACGCGGCCCCCUGGAAGACUUCCUGCAGCUCCCUGGACACCUCCGAGUUCAAGUACCAGGUCCCGCUCUGCCCACCGAAACCCCUGCCCCGGGGAGGCAGCAGCCAAGGCAACCCCGCAGGGCAGCGCCACCUGGAGGAGAUCCGCCCCCCACCCCCGACCGCGGUCAGCACGGAGUCUCGGGGAAUGGACCUGCAGCCCGGGGCCCUGAAGAAGGGGGCCUCCAGGUCCUCCUUGAGAGAGAACAAGGCCACCUUCCGGGAGGGGGCUCAGCCAUGCCAGGGGCUGGAUGACGGCCCCAGCCUGGGGGCCCAGGACCAGAGGAGCAGGCCCUCGAGCCACAAAGGCAGCAUCAUUCCGAACAACAUUCGCCACAAGUUUGGGAGCAACGUGGUGGACGAGCUGAUCUCUGAGGAGCAGGCUCGAAAGGCUGUUAGUGAAGGCUUGGAGGGCCAGAAGAGGGCAAGCUCGUGGCCCAGCAGGACCCAGAGUCCUCUGGAAAUCUCCUCCAUCUUCACAGACUACUAUGAUCUGGGCUACAACAUGCGGUCAAACUUGUUUCAAGGGGCCCCUGAGGAGACGCAGAGCCUCAUGAAAGCUUCGUACACACCAGAAGUGAUCGAGAAAUCAGUGAGGGACAUAGAACACUGGCACGGCAGGAAGACGGACGAUCUGGGACGGUGGCACCGGAAAAACGCGAUGAACAUGAACUUGCAGAAAGCACUGGAUGAGAAAUAUGGAGAGAAGAGCAAAUCCAGGGCCUCGAAGUACUAGAUACAACACAGAAGAGGUGCCCUCCACUCAAAUAAAGUGCCAGCAAUAAAGAAAGGCGCAAACCUGA